AUGGAUACUUGCAAAGAUAUAUCAACUCCAAUGGGAUCGGGCACAUAUCUUGAUCAUGACGAAUCCAGAAUUCCAAUUGAUAUCACUAAAUAUCGAGGUAUGAUUGGCUCUUUACUAUACCUAACAGUUGUUCGACCUGACAUUAUGUAUAGUUUAUGUUUAUGUGCACGAUUUCAAGCUUGUCCAAAGGAAUCUCAUCUUAUUGAUGUGAAGAAGAUAAUGAAGUAUCUCAAAGGGACAUAUAAUAUCGACUUAUGGUAUCCCAAAGGGAGUGUAUCUAGUCUUGUUGGUUUCUCUGAAGCAGAUUAUGUAGGAUGUAAGGCGGAUAGAAAAAGCAGAAGUGGAACAUGUCAUAUUUUUGGAAAUGCUCUAGUUUCUUGGUCAUGCAAAAAGGAAGCAAGUGUGGCUCUCAGCACUGCAAAAGCAGAAUAUAUUGUCGCAGGUAGUUAUUAUGCUCAGAUUCUCUGGUUAAAACAACAACUUUGUGACUAUGGUGUGAUUCUAGGAAGCAUAAUACUCAAGUGUGAUAACACUAGUGCAAUCGAUAUUUCAAAGAAUCCUAUAAUGCAUUCAAGAACCAAGCAUAUUGAUAUACCUCAUCACUUCUUAAGGGUGACAGUGAAAUCUCCUUUAUUGAUAUCCAAAAUCAACUAG